GCAGUGACACAGGUAUCCUUGAGUUGCUCCUUUCUACAGUCAAGAGUUCAGACUAUUUUUGCUCAACAUGUCGAGACGACGUGGCCGGCGAAGACACCGCGGUCUCGAGCUCCCACGUUUCCAGCCUGUUACGUGCCGGAUGAGCCGCAGGAUGGGCAGCGGCUGUUGUUUAGCGCCGCUGUGAUCAUGAUGUUGCUCCUUGUAGCUGUGGCUACGGUGGUUACUGAGACCGUCACAGUUCAAUGGUACUACAACAACACCCCUGCAGAUACUACAUCUGCCAAACUUCCCCCGUACCGGAGCUGGGGAUACAGCAUAGGGACGGAUCCCGGUGUGGUGCACAACACUAGGAAAAGGUUCCUAGAGAAGCCCGUACUUGGAGAUGACCACACUCCUGACGAUAUGUUCACUCGUGAAGCUGCCCCGACAAAUGAUCCUGACAUGCCCCCUGUACAUGUGGAUAAAGUUCGCCCACCUAUUCAGGGGCCAACUGUCUUUGGAGGCAGUGUGCAGGAGGAAAUUGACGGCAUGUCGGAUAUAUUCAAGUCCUGGGCCUUCAUGACGAAAGAACAGCGCAACUUGCACAUCGCCGCGACUUCGCAUCAGGAAGCAGAUCUACGAGAUUCUCAACCAAGAGCUUGAUCCUAAGAUGCCACCCGCCUCUUAUAAG